AAAUAUUGCCUCUUCUCUCCAGCGCACUCGCUUUCCAGAUAGUGCCGUUUAUGAUGUAAAUGUUUUUCACGUGAAAAACAGGCGAAUUUGGUCAAUUAUUGUGAUAACAAAGCCACGAAGUUGUAAGAAUUAGCAGAGAUGUCUGAGAAGAACUUCUCCCGAUCGGACAAUUCCACGCCACAGCCAAUCGUAAAGAUAGGCCACUAUUUGCUGGGAAAUACCCUCGGAAUUGGAACGUUUGGCAAGGUGAAGAUUGGCGAGCAUCAGCUCACGAAGCACAAAGUGGCCGUGAAGAUCCUCAACAGGCAGAAGAUUAAGAGUCUGGAUGUCGUGGGGAAGAUCAGGCGAGAAAUUCAGAACCUGAAGCUCUUCAGGCAUCCGCACAUCAUCAAGCUUUAUCAAGUAAUCUCAACGCCCACGGACAUCUUCAUGAUAAUGGAGUACGUGAGUGGAGGAGAGCUGUUUGACUACAUAGUGAAGCAUGGGAAGCUGCAGGAGCACGAAGCCAGACGAUUCUUUCAGCAGAUCAUUUCCGGUGUGGAUUACUGUCAUCGUCACAUGAUCGUGCAUCGUGAUCUGAAACCGGAAAAUCUUCUCCUUGAUCACAACAUGCACGUCAAGAUCGCAGACUUUGGACUGUCCAACAUGAUGUUGGAUGGAGAGUUUCUUAGGACGUCCUGCGGAUCGCCCAAUUAUGCGGCGCCUGAAGUAAUCUCUGGUAAGCUCUACGCUGGCCCAGAGGUGGACAUCUGGUCGUGCGGAGUCAUUCUCUAUGCUCUUCUCUGUGGAACACUUCCCUUCGACGACGAGCACGUGCCCACGCUCUUCCGCAAGAUUAAGUCGGGAAUCUUCCCCAUUCCUGAGUACCUCAACAAGCAAGUCGUGAGCCUCCUGUGCCAGAUGUUACAGGUGGAUCCUCUGCGGCGAGCCACGAUUGAAGAGAUCAAGAAGCACGACUGGUUCCAGAAGGAGUUGCCAUCUUAUCUCUUCCCGUCGCCCGUUGAACAGGAUAGCAAUGUGAUCGACACGUAUGCCGUGAGUGAGGUUUGCGAGAAGUUCGGCGUGAAGGAGAGCGAAGUGCACAACGCUCUACUCAGUGGGGAUCCUCACGAUCAGCUGGCCAUCGCUUAUCACUUGAUAAUCGACAACAAACGCAUCGCCGACGAGGCUGCAAAGGCGGAAAUCAAGGAUUUCUACGUGGCGGGCAGUCCGCCUCCGGUCAGUGUCACGCCCAGCGAGAAGCAGGAGAGCCACUCCACUCCCGUGCCUGGACGACCACAUCCAGAGAGGAUCGCGCCGCUGCGAGAGCGUGUCCUGGCCAACACGACGACGUAUCAGGGCACAGACAAGUCGCGCGGUACUCCAGUGAAGCGCGCCAAGUGGCACCUCGGUAUCCGGUCGCAAAGCAAGCCCAAUGACAUCAUGCUGGAAGUGUACAGAGCCAUGAAGGCCCUCGACUUCGAGUGGAAGGUCAUCAAUCCGUACCACGUGCGCGUGCGCAGGCAGAACAAGUCCAGCGGCAAGCACGUAAAGAUGUCCCUGCAGCUCUACCAAGUGGACGCCAAGUCCUUCCUGCUGGACUUCAAGUCGCUCACCAGCGACGAGGUGGAGCAGGGCGACGACGUCAUCAUGGACAUGGAGAGCAUGACGCCGCCCACCAACUUGUCCGGCUCCUUCAACCCGAUCUUCCCACAACAGUGCACCGGGCAUCACACGAUGGAGUUCUUCGAGAUGUGCGCGGCCCUCAUUAUCCAGCUGGCGCGCUAAACCUAGUGCUUUCCCUGUAUUUAUAAUAUCUAGUUCGCUUCUGUGGUUAACAUGAUACAUAAUUCGUUUAUGUACAUUACAUGCGAAUCUUCUAAAGAUUUCAUUUGCGAGGAAUAAAUAUUAGUGAUUGAGAUUGAAUGUAAUAAAGCCUCUAUGAAAAAA